AUGAUAGUUAUAGAACACAUCCUGAGAGCAUUCGGCUUUCCUCAAAAUAUGGAUGAAAUUAUCCCAAAUUUAUGGCUUGGUCCAAUGCCAUUUUCAGAAAAUAUUCCCACGCUGAAAAAACAUGGAAUAUUAUCAAUUCUCACGUUGGAUAUUUUACCGUUGGAUCCUGUUGUCUUUAAAGAAUUCAAUAGGAAGUAUAUCUAUCUUCGUGAUGAACCUACACAGGACUUGUUGGAUAUACUUGAAGAUGCAUUAACUUUUAUCGAGCGUAGUAUAAAACAGUCGAGCAUCUUAGUGCAUUGUGCUAUGGGAGUGUCACGUAGUGCAAGUGUUGUCAUCGCUUACAUUAUGCGACAGAAUUGCUUAUCUUAUGAUGAGGCUUAUACAAUUGUCAAUAGAAAACGAAGCGUCUUCCCCAAUAAUGGAUUCAUCAAUCAACUCAAACUAUUUCAUACAAUGAAAUGGAAGGUAGACCAAAAUUCCCCCUUGUUUCAUCAAUAUACAAUGCGAAAAAAAUUCUCCGCAUAUCAAGAUCAAAACAGUGAUCAUUUGACCAGCAGCAUCAAUAGCAGUCAGGCAGUCAGUCAUCAAUUGUCUUGUAUACCAUCAACGUUUAAAUGUAAAAAAUGCAGACGUGUAUUAUUCAACUCAAAUCAAUUACGUGCUCAUCAAAAACCUGGAAAGACGCCCAACAUUAACUUCAGCAACUUAUCAUCAAAGUCUAGUACAGGUAGUGAUGUUGAAGAUGGUGUCAAAGUGUCAAGUGUCCUGAUCAGUGGUAUUACACUCAAUGAUCCACCUGUACAAUGUGAUAAAGACGAGUUAUUCUGUGAUCCAUUAGAUUGGACACAACAAUUUACAAGUGAAGUUGAAGGCAAGCUCUAUUGUCCUGGGUGCAAUGCUAAAGUUGGUUCUUUCAAUUGGUGUGGGGAACCAUGUGUCUGUGGGACAUGGGUAGUUCCAGCCUUCCAUUUCAUACGUAAUCAUAUCGAUCGGGUGCCAAUAAAACAGCAUCGUUCCAGUACUACUGUUAAAAUUACUCAACCAAUUUAUCAUUUACCUUAG